AAACCUAACAAAGCAGACUACACUACCCCCAAAGCUUAUAGACCUGUCUCUCUGCUAAACUGCUUAGGAAAGAUUUCAGAAAAGAUAAUGGCCAACAGAGUAGCUUACAUUGCAGAAACUAAAGGCCUUCUUCACCCAGAGCAAAUGGGAGGAAGGAAAGGAAGAAGUGCAGUGGAUGCAGUGAUGGCAUUAACACAUGAUAUUCAGCAGGCUAAGUUGAAUGGUAAAGUCCUUUCUCCCCUCUUUGUUGAUGUUAAAGGUGCAUUUGACCAUGUUAGCAAAACACAACUACUCUUGGUGCUGCAGUCUUUAGGAUUUCCUCCACCAGUUCUUACCUGGACAGACAGCUUCCUCUCCAACAGGAAACUGGGGUUAGCUUUUGAUGGACAAAGACAACCUCUCCUGCCAGUCAACACAGGCAUUCCUCAAGGCUCUCGCAUUUCACCCAUCCUCUUCCUAUUCUACUUAACAAACCUGUUCAAGGACUUGGAACCAGGAGUUUUGACUCCACAGCUAAGAUCCCCCUCCUUUAUUGAUGAUAUUGCUUUUAUAGUCACAGGCCCCUCUGAGCAGGCUAACUCCAAGGCAUUGGAGGUAGUAGCCAGAAGGGCCUGGAGUUGGGCAGCUGACAAUGUAAUAGUAUUUGAUGAUCCCAAGACAGAACUCAUGCACUUUCACAACAAAACCAGGAACUUUACUACCAACUUCCCUGUCACUCUCAUAAUGGCACUGUUGUCUUCCCUUCUCAGCAUCUUAGAUGGCUAGGAGUUUGGCUUGACAGGAAGCUUUUGUUUAACUACCAUGUGAAACAGAAGACAGCUGCAGCAACUAGGGCACUUAACAUGAUUUCUAGAUUAUCCAACUCAGAAUGGGGCCUUUCAGCACCAGCAAUAAGGCAACUAUACUAUACCUGCAUUACUCCAAUAGCUGACUAUGGAGCAGAGGUCUGGUGGAAAGGUCAAAUUGGUCUUGCUAACAAGUUACAGAAGUUGCAGGCAGAGGCAAACAGAAGAAUCCUGGGGGCUUUCAGAACUUCACCAACUGCUGCAAUGGAGAUUGAAGCAGCCACCCUUCGCAUUCCAUUGAGACUUGACAGACAGUGUAAGAGAUAUGCUUACAGAGUUUUACAGAUGCUUUCAGACCAUCCUAUC